CGCUGUUCCUGAUUGUCAAGCUAUUUUCUCAUCGUAAUGUGCCGUUCUGGCGCAUAGUAUGUAUGAAACAUUGUGCUUUGGCGUGUGCGUUCUAUUUUAUUUUAGAUUGUACCUGACGGCUGAUCACAAAAACUCGUGACUGUAAUUACAACUUUGGUGUACCAUUGCUUCUGUUUUCGUAAACAACACAUACAAUACAACGCGAAAAUCCGAGUAAGACAUGAAAAAUCGCAUCGGGAACUAGUGAAAAUUGUCCGUUGCAUCACGGGAAGUAUAGCAUUUUUAUACUUUCUUACCAAUGGAGGAGAAGAUGGAGAGCGAACAAAGUAUGAGUGGGGCCAGUAGUAGCUCGUCUGAAUCAUCUAGCGGGAGUUCAGACGGGGAGGAGGAGAUACAGGAGACAAUUCGUAUCCUGGGUCAGACACUCGAAUUACCACAAGAACUAUGUGAGGACUACACAGUAUUCAAAGAGUUCUUCUCCAUGAAGACAUGGGAAGCUUUAGAAGACAGCCACAGAGAACAUUUAAUGAAUUAUUUGCCAAAAUUCUCUGAAAAUGAUAAAGACGAAAAGCAGAAAACUCUUAAAAUGCUGUUUGAACAUGAGCCAUUUCAUUUUACAUCACCUUUCACUGAUUUAUAUAAUAAUUUAAAAUAUGGAAACUAUAGGCCAGAUAUUGCCAAAAUGAGAAAGUUUUUAAAGAAAGCAAGGGCUAAGCAACAAAAACAUAAGAUAAAAUCUUAUUAUGCCAAGUUAUUACCAGAAGUAUUGUUAUCUCGGGAGCGUUUAUUAGCUGCAGCUAAGGCUGCACCCCCAGGUCCCAUUCCUCGAUUGCCACUCUUACCUACCAAGCCUUCUAAAAAUAAUUAUAAACCUCUAUAUUUAAGAGCUAGACAGAGGUAUUUUGAAGAGUUGGCUGCCAUCCGGGGUGAGGUAGGUGGUGAUGAAUCAGAUGAUGAGAAUUAUCCUGAUGGACCACCUGAGCAAAUGUCUAAAAAAAGGAAGCAAAUCAGUGGACAGAAUAGUGAUAGUAAUGUGUCUGGAACACUUGGUGCUUCCGACUCAGCACAACCAACAUCUUUGGCUUGCUUGAAGAAUAUUCUUGCAGCUCACAAUAUGCGUAGAAUACACAGAGAGAAUCAUCCAGAACUGAAUACAACUGGAAUAUCUCUAGAAGAUAUAAAGCAAAGAGUAGCUCUAGUUAAUGGUGCCAAAAGAAAUAUCUUUGGUGGUCAAAAAGGUGAAACACCAAUACAGAAAUUAAGAAGAGUAUCUAAAAAAGAUAAAGUCAAACAAGAUUUAAAGUUAGUAAAAAGAAAUAUCAAUGAACAGCAAGAUAGUAUAGAUAAUAGACCUCUGUUACCAAAUAUUAAAAUUAAAUGUGAGCAAGAGGAAUCUGAUUCAGAAAGCUCCUCUUUUGUGGAUCCAAUCACAAGUCCGAAACAACCAAAUAAGUCAUAUGAAAACCUAGAUAUCAAACAAGAAGAAGAUGUCAAAUAUCCUAGUAUUGCCAAUAUUAACUACAAUGAAUCAAAUUUAGACAAUGUGAUAAAACAAGAGCCACAUGAUCCUCUAAUGCAUGGUGCAAAAGGAAAUCAGCCAGUUCCAAUAAAAUUGGAAGAUUUAGAUGGUAUUGAUAUGAUGGCUUUACCUGUGGAAAUAGCGGAUGACUCUGGUGAGGUUAUAGCUGUUGAUGGUAGUAGUGGUGAGACAGAGGAGCAUCUUAUGGAUACUGAUGAGUCUUUAACAGAGAUAACGCACGCCAACUUCCUCUCGUUAGUGCGCGCGUUGUUUCCUGCCCGAGCAGCUCACCGCGCAUCAAAGCUCCAAUUGCACGCUAGAUGCGCGGCCGUUAUGCGGUCUCCUAUUGCACCCUUAAAUACAUGGUAUAGCUUGUCUGAUGACUGGUGUGCUGAACUUGAUUCAGCUUUGGAUUUCCUUGCUGGAGAAAGAGGGCCACAUCCUGAUGAUUUUGUGCCAUAUUUGCAGUUUAUGCCAGAAACACAAAUGUACCAGUGGAUCGGCGCGGGGCGGGACUGCGACGCGCUGCUGGGGCGGCUGUGCGAGCGCUGGCUGCGAGCCGCCCCGCCGCCCCCCCUGCCGCCCGCGCCCCCCGCGCACGCCCCGCCCGCCGCCCCCGCCGCGCCCGCCGCCCCCGCCGCCCCGCCACCCGCCGCCGGGCCAGACCUGCCGCCGCCCAGGUACCCUACAUCAUGGGUGGUACGUUCACCGACAAGUGCGGAGAUUGCAGAGUUUCGCGCACAGGAACGACGCAGAUUCGCAUCGGCUGCGAAACCAUUCACAUACCAUCAAUACGGGUACCGGAGCGUGGUGGGCCCGGCGGGGCGCGCGGCGGGGGCGGCGGAGGGCGGCGCGCUGGCGGCGGGCGCGCGCCCCCGGGCCGUGUCCCUGGCGGCGCUCGUGAGGGACGCCGCCGCGCGCCUGCCCAACGGACAGGGCUCGCGGCCGCACCUGCUCACGCUGCUCAGAAUGUCGCAAUGGAUCGCACCAUGCAGUGAUCAAGUUUUGCUCAGCGCGGUCUCGCCGAUAUUGGAUCGCUUGCAGUCUGCUAAACGAGAUCCUUUUGUCAAAUACGACCAAAAAACUGGCAUUUGGACAUAUUUAUACAGACACAGGAGUGAAGAGGAUUGGUUGAAAUUGAGCAGCAAGCGCGGUAAGCGAAGUACCGCUCGGGAAGUGCGGGGGGCAAAGGUUGCGCGGGAGGAGAAGCCGGCUGCUCCCGGUACACCCAACGCCCGAGCACGUCCUGCACAUCGACACGCGGAAAAGAGUAUAGAUAAGGUUGCGGAGACACCGGAGAAUGCAUCUGACAGCGACGUAGACGUGGAGGAUUCGGAUACGUCGGCAUCCCACCAACUGUCGUCCGCUCAGCUCCUCAUGCAGGCACAGGCCACACAAGCUAAGCAACAGCCAACACCAAAAACCAAGGGAAAACUCGCCACCACCCCACCGAAACCCAAGUUAACACUCUCAGCGAAGCAAACGUCAAAGCAGGGCAAUUUAAUGACGCAGUCCGUGAAACAAGCGACUCUACUAAGUCAAGUGAAACAAGCUAGUUUAGUUCAAUCUAAACAAGCUAACACUCCUCAAUCCAAAGCAUCCAGUUCACCAGUGCAGUCGAAACCGCCCACUUUGAAUGCGUCAAUGCCGAAGCAAGCUAACUUAAUGACCCAAUCCGCGAAGCAAGCUAGUUUAAUGGCGCAGGCGACGAAAAACAAUGUUACUCUAGCGGCGAAGCAAAAUAUACCGAAGACGCCGACUGUUGUCCAAUCUAAGCAGGUUAAUGUGGUGAAGCAACCGCUUCAGUCAUCGAAAAGUCCAUUUGGAGGUCAGGUUGUGAAGCCUGGCAUUGUUCAGUUGCCUGUAAAGCCGACUGUCGUAGUGCAAUCCACACAGGCAAAUACACAAGUUGUCCCUGUGUCUAAGUCUAUAUUACCUGUUAUAUCGACGCCGCACAAGUCACCUCUAAUUAAACAGCGGCCAUUGUUGAAGACGGAGGUCGCACAAUCACCGGUACCCACUCCUGUUGUAAGUCAACAAACAUCGGCGGCAGUUGUAAUACCACCCACCAUCCCUGUACCUGCACUACAAACUCAAAAUAAGUCUGCACAAGGAACGCGUUCAUUGCUUAUCAGACCGCCUGGUGUACAAACUACUGUCACCGCUGGUAUUUCUACAGCCACAACACAGAGUGCAGUAACCAGGCGAGGCGUUGUGCGUGUACUGAGCCCGGCAGCGUCGGCGGGGAAGUCGCUUAUAUCGCCUAGAGCGCUUAUGCAGCAAGGCAUUACAACGACUAACAAGAAACGUGUCACUGUACCCAACACUGCUUCUGUUACUACUAUAGCCCAGAGUACUGCAAGUGUGACGAAUGUCGUUAGCAGUGUGCCCACAGUGGUCACUUCGACGGUUCCAACAAGAACAGUGCAGCUGGCGGGCGGGCGUACUGUACAACUGGCUUCAAAUCAAACCGUUCACCUUCCUGGCGGUCAAUCAGUCCAACUGAGUGCUGGCCAUACACUACAGUUAUCUUCUUUACAACUACCCACUCACAGUGUCCGCCUCCCGAGCGGGCAAACUGUACAACUAGCAUCACCCCCAUCUGUACAAACAGUGCGAGCUAUACCCACUACGAGUAAAACUCAAAACCAGCGACCCCAACAAACCGUGUCUGUACCUGUUAAGAAUAUACAAACCAGUCAGUCUACAGUCCAAAUACCUGUCUCCACAGUUCAGUUGGCCGGCCAAACCGUACAAAUUGCAGGCCAAACUGUUCAACUGGCUGGGCAAAGUGUACAGUUAACUGGUCACACAGUUAAAUUACCUAGUGGACAAAGUGUACAAGUUGCUAGCCAAGGAGUUAUACCGUCGCAAAGUGUUCAAUUACCUAGUGGUCAAACAGUGCAAUUGGGGACUGGUAACGUCCAGACUAUGCAGUUAGGAUCAAAUGUACAAUUAUCAAGUGGUCAAAGUGUUCAAACACAAAGUGCACAGAGUAUACAGUUAGGAUCCCAAACUGUGCAAUUAUCCGGCCAGACUGUGCAAUUAGCUGGCGGUCAAACUGUCCAGCUGCCAAGUGGGCAAACUCUGCAGUUGUCAAGUGGGCAGACUGUACAGUUAUCUAGUGGACAAACUUUACAAUUAGCUAGCGGUCAAACAGUACAAUUAGCUAAUCAACAGACACCAAAGCCGAUAGCUCAGGUUGUCAGAAGUCAAGCAUCGGCGGAGAAGCCAGCACAACCUAUUGUCGCAAAAUUGUUAACUAAUGCUCAGGGUCAGAUGAUCUCGUUGGAGGGCGUGGUGGGGCCGCGCCUGCAGCAGCUGCAGCAGCUGCAACAGCUGCAGCAGCUGGCGGCGGGCGGCCGGCCACGUGGCGCCGUGCGGGUGCUGUCGCCGGCGCGUCCGCUGCUGCUCACACACAAGCCGCUCCACAAUAUCAUAUUGCAGCAGAGCGAUGGGAGUGCUAUACGUGUGACAUCAAGCGGUGGCGCGGCGACUUCACAAACUAUAGUAUUAAGUAAUAUUGGAGGACAAUCACAAGCGGCUACAACUACCACAACAACAACACCAGUAUUAAAAUUGCAACAAGUGAAUCCAAUACAGCAGGUUAAACUCGCGCAGGGAAUUAAAAUACAGGGCACCAGUGCGAGUGUGCCCACAUCCAGCGUUCGCAGCGUGCUAAUGGACGGUCAGCAACUAAAGCUUGUUGGCGGUCGUCACGUCCUAGCCAGGAUACUGCGGCCUGCUCAUCCUCCACCCUGAUUCUAAGACUAGUUUUGAAGUUACUUUUAUAUAAUCUGUAUGAGAUAAGGAAAUUUGAUACUCGUCUUUUUUGCGACGUCAUUAAAUAUAUUUUUAAUAUAGAACUUAUUGUUCAAUUAAAAAAGGUAUUAAUUCUGUUGGUUUUUAUGUCUUU